AUGCCGCAACGCCUUUUGAAGGGUAUGUACUAGCCCAUUAUCGCUUUGCGAUGGCUUGCCACAGCUGAAACUUUGGUGCGCAACUGCACUCUUUUUUCAACGAGGCACGACAUUUCGUUGCGACAAGUCCAGAAUAUUUUCCCAACAGAUCUAUAGUAUACUUUGUUAAAUAUGCAGCAAUAAUUGGACGGCGAGGGGCGUGAGGAACACAGGUGAAACUGGAAGGUGUUUUAGGUUUGGAAAUAAUCUGUAAAGUAAUGUUUGAAUUGAAUAUGCACAUAUUACCUGUGGAAAACAGGUUAGAGAUAAGUUCAAGGGGGAGGUGCUCGAAUUGCGACACUCAGAUUUGUAUGAAACUGGGGACAAAUUUAAGCCAAAUUUUUAAGGCACACUCUAACUUGCGCUCUGCAGAGACGACCUAUCUUGCCGCCAAAAGUUUGGAAAAGUUUAGCGCAUUAAUUUUGCAGCAAGUAUUUACAACGCCAUUGUUUUUAUUGGUCUGGGAGGCGGGCUGGAAAACAAAAUUGAGCUGUCGUAUCUAGGCAAAAUGUACAUGUGCAAGAAAACUUUGUUUUUUGUAUUAAGUAGGCAGGCCAAGGGUCUUGACAUUUUCUCGUGCCUUCACGCGAAGGACUUGCAACGAGUAUCGAAUUAUCGGGAAAAUAAUGUGGAGCAAAAUGUUCGGUCGCGUAUCAAAUUUCCAGCCGCGGUUAGCCGUGGCAAAGCGAUGAUGGGGGAUUGCAGGGCGCGACAAAUGCACGUUAUUUUCCCGACAGACUGAUAUAACUCACGGUGCUGACCUGAGCUUUAUCAGUCUGAAAUAUCCAGCCGUCUCAAUCUACCUUUCAAUUACCAUUUUUUCACAGUGUUUGUCGCGGAUAGCCAUUUUGGGCGUUGCGACACUUGCGGGCAACCAUUUUGCGGGCAAAACUUGGGGGGUCACAUUUGCGGGCAGCUGAGACACUUGCGGGCCGGCUGGGACACUUGCGGGCAACCGACACUUGCGGGCAGACGGCACCUGAGGGUAACAGGGUGGAGGUGGAAAUAUUACUGCGAUAUUUUGGAAAUUUGCCGACAUUUGCGGGCAAGCGGCACUUGCGGGCAGCCGACAUUUGCGGGCAACAGGAAAAAACAAUCACACAGACUGUAUAGCAACUUUUGGAACUGUUGCCCGCAAAUGUCGGCUGCCCGCAAAUCUUCCAGGCUGCCCGCAACUGUCGACCCUGCCCGCAAAUGUGCCAGGCUGCCCGCAAAUGCCGGUGCUGGCCGCAAACGUCGGCUGCCCGCAAAGUGGCUGCCCGCAAGUGUGCGCCCGCCCCAUUUUGCGACGCCGGCCACACCGUGUUUUUUGAGUGUGCUUGCAUCAAAAUUUGCGUGUCACAAGCAUAGAUUUUAAAAUUGCAGUGCGCGUGUACCCAAGCUAUAGUAAUUAAAUUAUCAUUACGGGGGGUUUAGCGUUAAUUUUAUGACCUAAAAAAUCCACCUGUCUAGCAACUUUCUUAGAGUUUUUUUUCGAUGUAAAUGCAGACUUGUAGAGUCCGGUGAAAGUUGAUCUUUGUUUCAUACAUUGCUGCCAUAGAGGUCAAUUUUUUCACAAAAAAAUCGUUUUUUUCCGCGUGAAGGAAAUGGCAAAAAACUGUUUUUUUUAAUGACCGCUCUCCACUUUUCGCAUACUCUCUCGGUGACUACGUAGUAUUUACAUAGUAGAAAAAACAUCUGAGCGUCGCAGUUAUGGUAUUUCCGGUGUCAGUACUUCCCUCAUUUUAUAAUACUACUGGAAUUUUCAUAAAGUGCGUAGACUUGUAGUCAUGUGCCGCACUGACACAUAAUACCACUCUCGCGCGAAGAAGCCGAAAUUCACGGUGCAAAAUUCUACGAACUUUUAUUAGUGUGUCGGGAAAAUAAUGAGUAUAAUGUCGCUGCCGAUUGUGUCGCUGAAGUGAAAGGAAAUUUGAUUUUGCCGCGACACAAUUCUUUUUUCUCGUGGCGAUGCGAUUUUGUCGUGAUGUGCGUCCUGAAAAAGUCUACGCACUUUAUGUAACCACCAGUAUUAAGCUUAUGUGUUUAUAGGUAUGUACGAAGACCUCGCCAGCGAAGUGGUGUCCGUGGUUCGACAAAUCCUGGUCUACACGUUCGUAUCAACCUCCAUUUUGAGUGCCUACUUCUUGUGGAAGGUCUACAGAUCACAACGGGUCCACAAGAAUUUAAAAUUGGUCCUUGUAAGUUGGUGGCUCUAAAAUAUAUAUUUAAGUAAGUUUUAGUGCGUAAGUGCCCUCUCUUUUGUCCUCCUCUCGGCUUCGAAGCAGCUGGCGGAACUGCUGAUCGAGGAGACUCGAGAAGUUGAGAACCGACUUAUCAUCAACUGCAUUUGCAUCUCACUCAGCACCAUCAACACAAUAUGUCUGGCGAGUGCGUCGUUGUGUAUGAACAUGCUGACGGUUGAGCAGUAUUUUGCGACCAUUUGGGUGGACGACUACGAGAACCGAUCGAUGCGGGUGGGAGUUGUCUUGGUCGGCAUUGUUGUGAGUUUUAGCAUCUAUCUCUUUUGCAGCGGCUGGAGUUUUUUUGCGCAAUUGCAUAGGCGCCUUUUGCUGCACCAAAUUCGUAUUAUUUUCCUAACAGACUGUAGUAUAUAUACAACUACCCCAAAAUCAAAUAUCCGAGACUGUGAACUUCUAUGCAGCAAAACCUGUCUAUAACAAACAAUUUUUGAGGUCACAAGAGUCAAUUUCAUACCAAAAUGACUACUUGGGUGUAUAUCAGUCUGUCGGGAAAAUAAUGAACCUCUGUCGCAUCGGAAAUGGCAUUGCCGCCGAGAAAAUGAAUUGUGUCGGGGCAAAAUCAAAUUGCUUUUCACUUCGCGAUUGGUGCAACAACAUCGCUCACUAUUUUUCGCGACAGAGUAAUAAACAGCAUAAUUUGAAGCCUUGGGGCUUACAGUGGCGGACCUGAUCCAUUGGCAGAAAACGUGCCAUUUUGUAUUCGGGAUGUAUUUAAAACGCAGCAAAAUACCUCCCUCUUCAAGUGAAAAAGCUGCGAUUUCAAAAGCGCGACUUUUUUUGUUGUGAGGGUAAGGGCGCGCUCUCCAAAAACGGAGUUUUUUAUUUGGAGAUGGAGGCAUUUUGCAACAUUUUUUGAAAAUUCCCGGUUGCAAAAUGGUGCGUUUCUUGCGACUGGAUCAGGUCCGCCACUGUACGGGUUGAAAUUUAACGCCUGCCUUUCGACAGCAUAGACGGCAACUUUAUGACCGACUGUUUUACAUAAGCAGGAAGUGCAGUUGGGACCGAUCCAGUGGCAAAAAACGUACCAUUUUGCAUCCGGGAAGUAUCAAAACUGUGGCAAAAUGCUUCACUCUCAAAGUGAAAAAACUUCUUUUUGAAGGGCGCGUCCUUGCCCUCGCAAAAAGAGUUGGCGCGCUUUUGAAAACGGAGUUUUUUCACUAGAAGAGGAAGGUAUCUUACCACAUUUUUUGAUACUUCCCGGAUGCAAAAAAAUACGUUUUUUGCCACUGAAUUAGGUCCCCCAUUGUACAAAUUAACUAACUGUAGGCUUUGACGGGUUCGUUACUCGAAAUGGUAGAUGUUGUGGUGCCUCCGUCUUUUGAGGUCGUUUUUUUUUCAGUUUCUACAAACUGUUCCAUUGGGUAUUUUCCUGGAAUGGUACUUUUUCCACGACUGGUAUUCGAUGCUUGAGACCAAGGAGAGCUGUCUGUUACUGCAUCACGAACCGCGCUUAUCGUUUGUUUGCUUCAUUACCGGCUGUUUCAGUGGGUCGGCGUGCGCUAUGGUAAGUGCCGAAUUACAGUAUAUAUAUAUAUAUAUAUAUAUAUAUGCCUAUGUUCAUUUACAACAGUUGUUUUGAAUUUACAUAUUAAGCGCUUUCAGUACAUGUACGGUCUUUAUCGACGAAGCGUUUCGAUGUUCAACGACCGCGCGGAGAUGAAGACGUUGAGCUCACGCUAUCAACAAUUCGAGAACUCAACAUGGGCUCAUUCCAUUUGCGUCUCAUUUGUCAUGUAUUUCCUCCUGGUUGCGGCCGGGCUGUCGGUUUGGAUAUGGUACUUCAUCGUCGACCCGGAACAAAGCGAAGUUCGUACGCUCGGGUUGGCUGUUGCAGAGGUAUCGUUGACCAUAAAAUUUUACCCAUAUUUUAGGUUGGGUUUAUCCAAGCAGACGCAUUUUCCCUCCUCCACGUCUUGGGUAUCAUGUUCAGCAAUAAGUUCAUACGAAGCGCAGUCAUCAAGGAUCUACAGGCUAUCGGAAUUUUAUCGAAUUCAGUGGGACCGGGCGUGAAGAGGCAUGAAAAUGAAGCGGAAGAGUAUUUCAAUCAGUUUGAGCAGGCGUGGAAGUGA